GGUCCUUCUGGACUGGAAGAAAUUCUGGAUUCAUGGAACAAGCAUUAUAAUGAGAGCGAUACAAGCCUACUAGGAGUACUUGGGACCCCUGGACUUAAAGGCCAGAAGGGAGAUGUUGGUCAAAAAGGAGAAAUGGGAAUGACUGGUGCAAAAGGAGAAAAGGGAGAACCUUCUGAAAAGGGGGACAAGGGAGAUCCAGGAGAGACUGGAAUGCAGGGAUCAAAAGGAAAUAAGGGUGAAGUGGGAAUCCCUGGACCACCUGGUCUUAUGGGAAAUCCAGGAUCAAAGGGACUGCAAGGCCCUCCAGGACCUGUUGGACCCAGGGGACUGCCAGGAGAAGUUGGCUUACCAGGAGAGCAUGGGGUACCAGGAAACCCAGGAGUUAAAGGAGACAAG